AUGGAGAGGUAUGUAUUACCAUCAACAGUUGAAGUUAAUCAUAGUCUACCAACACUUGUUGAUCAUCUAAAGGCAUAUGUAAAAUCUACUGAUCAACCAAUAAUUAUGUAUUUACAUGGACAAGAUGGAACAAGAGCAACACAUUAUCGAGCAAAUCAUUAUCGAAUGAUGACUAAUUUUGGUAAUCAUAUAAUUGCACUUGACUAUCGUGGUUAUGGUGAUUCAACUGGUAUACCAAGUAUGCAUGGUGUUGUUCAUGAUGUAUUACAUGUAUUUAAAUUAAUUCGACAAGUUUGUCCAGAUAAUCCAAUAACAAUAUGGGGCCAUUCAAUGGGUACAGGUGUUGCAUUAUUGACAAUGAAUUACUUAUUUAAAAAUCAUACUGAUUUUAAAAAACCAUGCAUACNUCUGGAAGCACCAUUUUACAAUACAAUGCAAGCAUUUGUUUCAUAUCCAAUUACACGAAUAUUAAAAAUUAAUCCAUAUUUUAUGCAAGCAGCACUUGAUGCUUUUACAACAGUAGAACUCGAUUUUCCAAAUAAUGAAAUUAUUCCAUUUCUUCCAUUACCAAUUGUUAUAAUACAUGCUGAAGAUGAUGCUAUUAUUCCAUAUUUUCAUUUAGAAUUAAUUCAAGAUUAUGUAAAAGAACAUCGUGAUCCUAAUUUACCUCCAAUACGUUAUAUUACAGUUCCACGUUCAGCAGGUUGCGGUCAUAAUCAUAUAUAUUCAUAUCCAAAAUUUGAAGAAAUUGUUACGCAUUUUCGUUCACCUUUAGUUGAAGAUCAAUUUUUCAGUAAUGAUGAAGAUUAUUUUCAACAACAUCUUGUUUCAACAUCGUCGAGUAUUUCAAUUAUAAUUUAUUUUCAUGAUAAUGCUUUUGAUCGUUCAUUAACAAAUCGCCGUGAAUUGUGUAAAAAAUUACGUGAUGAAUUAAAAUAUGAUGUUAUUAUAUUUGAUUAUCGUGGCUUUGGAGAUUCAACUGGUGAACCGACAGAAAGAGGUUUAGUUAGAGAUGCUCGAUUCAUUUAUGACUGGCUACAUACAUUAACUAAUGGUCAACGAACAAUUUAUUUGUGGGGUCAUUCACUUGGUUCAGCUGUUGCUUGUCAAUUAGCAGCACAGUUGUCCGCUGAUGAAAAUAAAAGUUUGGCAGGAAUUGUAAUGGAAGCUUCAUUUAUUAAUAUUUAUCAAGCUUUAUUAAUUCAUUGGUUUUCCGCAUUUUUUCGUUGGCUACCAUGGUAUUAUAGUUUAACUGAAAAAGCAUUACGUACGAAUAAUCUUUCAUUUGAUACAUCUGAUUAUUUAUCAAAUAUUAAUUGUCCAUGUAUAUUAAUACAUGCAGAUGAUGAUUUAAUAAUACCAUAA